GCACAUUUGGCAAGAGCAGCAAAACUUUGGAGCAAGUAGCAGACUGCCGAAAAGACAACAGACAGACAUAUCAACAUGACGAUCGGAAUUGCAGUCAUUGGAAGCGGCAUCUUCAUCCAAGAAGCUCAUCUUCCCGGCAUCAAAGCCAACGGCGACCUCUUCUCCCUCAAUGCCAUCUACUCUCGCAGUCUUGCGUCGGCCCAGAAGUUGUCCAAGGAAGUUGAGUCGACCACUCCAGAUCUCUAUGCCGAAGACGCUGGCUCCGACAAGUCAUACGCCAAACUCCUCGAACGCUCAGAUGUCGAAGCCGUAGUCAUCGCUCUGCCCAUUCUCGCCCAACCCGAAUUUAUCAAGAAGGCUUUGUCGGCAGGCAAGCAUGUGCUUUCCGAGAAGCCUGUCGCAAAAGAUCUGGCCACAGCCCACGAGCUGAUUGACUGGUACCACACGAACAUCGAUACCAAGAAGACCAUCUGGGCUGUUGCUGAGAACUUCCGUUACCUUGGUCGUUUCCAAUAUGGUGCUGAGCAGGUGAAAGAGCUGGGUGACAUUUUGGGCUUCCGUCUUCGUAUGCAUGCCUUCGUCAAACCUGGAGCCAAGUACUACGAGACCGAAUGGCGCAAGACCCCUGAAUACCAGGGAGGCUUCCUCCUCGACGGAGGCGUUCACUUCAUCGCCGCCAUGAGACAGUUACUAGGCCAAGAAGCCAAGAUGUCGCAAGUCGCUGCCUUCACAGCACAGCUACAGCCUCAUCUUCCUCCUAUCGAUACCAUUAACGCUACCGUCAAGCUCGCAAACGGCACCUCCGGAACAUUCAGUGUUAGCUUCGGUACCACUUUCUCCGGUGCCGAAUACAUCGUUGCCUGUCAGAACGGAACCGUCGACGUUGGCUUCGACAAGACUAUCGUAAAGAAAGAUGGCAAUGAGUCCACUAAGGACUUCACAGAGGAUAAGAACGGCGUGAGACAAGAGCUCAAGGCUUGGGGUGAGAGCAUUGCUCAGGGCAAAGCUCAUCCUCUGCAGACUCCCGAGGAGGCUCUAGCAGACUUGGAAGUGCUCGAGGCGAUGAUCAAGAGCGGUGAAGCUGAUGGCAAGGCCAUCGAGCUCAAGUUACAAUAGACAUACACCGUUACUUAUGACCGAAAUUUGGCUCUGCUCACCCUUCUCUAGAAUCCUCGCAAGAAUACAUACGGCUUUGAUUAAAGCGUGUUCCUUUCCAUUCGAUCAAGCAGUCACUUCUAUCGUUCAACCUUGCAUUUCUGGCCUCUAUCGUCCCUACUACAAGCUACGUCUCUC